AUGACGAAAACCGAUGAUUCAACGGAUAACACGCUCAAACUGAGCAUUGGUGAAGAUUUACAGGUUUUACCAUGUCAUCCGAGUAAAAGAAACGUGACUCCCGCGCAAGCUGAUAAUCCCGUGGUUCCAAAACUUGAUGCUGUAUCUCAACGGAGUGGAAGAGCAUCUACCAGUGAACAUUUGGCAUCAAACGACUCUUUGAAGUCGGUCAAGCGUCAAUCUGACGAAAGUAGACCAAAAAAUACAAAGAAAAGAACGGUGCCUAGAAAAGAACGAGAGAUAGACAAGGAAGAAUCAAUCCGAAAACAAACUGCAUAUUUUCCUCCCCUCGGCGCAAAUUCAUCGGGGGAUUGGUAUUUAUACAAAAUCAACACAGAAACUGGCAAUCGUUUUGGUUGCAUCGUACCUUGCGAAUUGGGGAAGUUGCCAAAAUUCUUACAUUGUAUAAAUGAAAAACAAAUCAUUGUCAGUAUUGACUACGUUAAACGAAUUGAUUAUGUCAGCUGCAAGCAACAAUUUGAUCAAUUUUGUCGAUAUAUCUUCGAAAAGAUCUUUGUCGAUAUGAAUACCGGACCAGAUGAAAUUCUCCAAUUUGAUCCCGAUGCUUCUACAUUUAAGUUACUACUGUGCUUGUUAACUGAAGAUAAUGAAGUUGAUUUCGGACAAAUGGAGUCGAUAUGCACUGAGACAAACGAGUCCAUCGAACUAAGUACAAAAUAUAAACAAUGCAUUGCACUUGAAAACUCACCUAAAGAAAUAGCCCGUGAACUCGAUGAUGGCAAGCGAGCCAGGGCCAAUAACUUCGUUAGCGCAGAUACGAUUCAAUUGAACCAGUCACGCUGUCAAAUAUUCAAUAAAAUUGAAAUCGCAUUUAUACAGCAUCUACCACAAAUGCUUUAUCGCAUUACGCAAGUCCUUAAUAUCCGAGAACUGAAGCAAAAUCUGCUUAUACCUAUUGAUUGUCAAUCGGCAUCGGGCAGCCUUGAUGAAGAACCUCCUAUUACUCUUGACAAUCCGUUUGCAAAUACACUUUCAUUGGAGACGACAUUGUUAUUGUCUGGCUUCGAUGGCGAUCUGGUAUCGAAGAACAAAUGUGGCAUACAUCCGCCAUUAGGUUUAGUUCUUCAAGCAAUGACAGUUUCAACAGCUGAUAGAGAAAAUAACAUGAAGAGUCUGGCAACCUUAGGCGAUUCGUUUCUGAAAAAGAGCAUUAGUUUGUUCGUUUAUCACCGUGAACCAAACGAUAGUAGCAAUAAUUCUUCACUAACAAGAGAGAGCCACAUAACAAAUCAAAAUCUCUACAAACUAGCCAAUGAAAAAGGUCUGCAGCACUAUUUAAUUGCGGACACACCCGUCUACAGUGGAACAGAAGCCAACUGGAUACCACCAGGAUACAAAGUUAACGAAGACAAUGCUGAACGAUACUUACAAGCAAAAGUGAAACGAAAAGCGUUUGCUGAUGUGGUGGAAGCCAUGAUCGGCUGUUAUUUGGUAUCGACAAACUAUGUGACGACCAUGAAAUUCAUGCAAUGGUUAGGCCUGAAGGUGCUUGUACCGAGUGGUUCAGAUCAAAUGAACGAAGCACCAUCGAUUUUGCGCUUGAAAGACGGUCACACGAUAAAAGAUAUUGAUCAACUUUAUCUGGCCAAGAAAUGGGAUGCAAUUGAAAAGGCUAUAAACUAUACUUUUGGAUAUAAAGCACAUCUAUUUGCAGCGCUUACGCAUCCAUCUGAUAGCCAAGAUGCUUUGACAAUACAUUAUAACAAACUACAAUUCAUCGGAAACCCGUUGUACGAGUUCCUUAUUACACGCUACAUUUUUUUAACGAAGAAAUCGACCAGUGCAGACGACGUGUCACACAUUAGACAAAAAAUGAUAAAUAACGAGUUGAAAACGAAAACUGUACUGCUCCAUGAAAUAUAUAAUUUUAUCUUUUGUGGACCGGUAGAAAAAAAGGACAUAGAACUGUAUGUAUGCCGUGCCAAUUCCUCUAACAUUGAAAAAACCAUAGAUCCACCGUCCAUGGAUGUGAGCAGUGUUUUUAGCAAUGUUUUCGAUGCACUGGUAGGAGCCAUAUUUCUUGAUACGCGUGGCUCUUUGGAUGUUGUUUGGGGAGUGAUAUUUUCUUUGAUGAAGUCAAGCAUCGGUAUAUCAAUAUAA